CACUCCGUCCGUCCCAAUCUUCUCAUCCGUGAAAUCAAUUGAAAAAGAAAGGCUCAAUCGACCUGAAGCUUCUCAUCUAAGCAAACCCCUCUCAACCUUGGCUUUGCUCUCUCUGAUCGCAAACCGGUCAACUCAAAACCCUAAUUCCCCAAUCCAACAAACAAGAAGAAGAAGAAGAAGAAGAAGAAGAAGAUAUGAAGAGAGUCUUCGGCGUCAAGAAAGACAAAGAACCCCCACCUUCCGUUUCCGACGCCUCCGAUCGGAUCAACAAAAGAGGUGAAACAGUUGAUGAGAAGAUCAAAAAGCUUGAUGUUGAACUUGCUAGAUAUAAAGAACAGAUAAAGAAAACCCGCCCUGGUCCUGCCCAAGAAGCUGUCAAAGCUCGAGCCAUGAGGGUUCUCAAGCAGAAGAGAAUGUACGAAGGACAACGUGAUAUGCUUUACAAUCAGACAUUCAAUCUAGACCAAGUUUCAUUUGCUGCUGAGGGAAUUAAGGAUGCUCAGCAAACAAUGUCAGCUUUGAAAUCAGCAAACAAAGAGUUGAAAGGAAUGAUGAAGACCGUGAAGAUUCAAGACAUAGAUAACUUGCAAGAUGAGAUGAUGGACCUGAUGGAUGUGAGCUCUGAAAUUCAAGAGUCUCUUGGUAGAAGUUACAGUGUACCUGAUGACAUUGAUGAGGAAGACCUCAUGGGUGAGCUUGAUGCUUUGGAAGCUGACAUGGGCAUGGAGACUGAAAGUGAUGGGGUGCCUGCGUAUCUUCAACCUGAUAAGGAAGAUUUAGAUGGGGAACUCAACUUGCCUUCCGCACCAACAGGGCAUGCCGUACCGGCUGGCAGAGUCAACACCCAGGCUGAGGAUGAAUUGGGUUUACCUGCUGUUCCCCAGGCAACUAUUCGUGGUUAGAUGGAGUUGACCAAGUGGAGUGUAAUUUGCUGUCUUCUGUGUCUAUUCAAUGUUACGAGG